AUGUUCUCGUACCCUAAAAAGCAACAGCCAUCACCAAGUGAAAAUAAUACUUCUUCUAAACCCUCUUUUGCUUCGAUUGUCGCUGCUAAUCAACAAAGUUUAUUGCCUCCUUCUGUCUCUGAAUCUCUACCAGUUGAUAUCGGUGGAUUUGUGUCAAUUAAAGUAUCACAAAGUGUGUAUGAGCACCGUGUAAACUCUUGCAAAAAUUCUUUAAUUGGUCGGGUUACCUUAACAAAAGGGGAAUCGCCAUGGAAACAGAUUGAUCUCAAAUCAAAAUUGACAGGAAUUUGGAAUUUAGAUUCCAAUUGGAAAUUAAUCUCCCUAGGACGUGGCUUUUAUCACAUCCUAUUGUCUAAUGAGGAAACUUUGAAAGCAAUCUGGAGCAGAGGUUCUAUUGGUCUCAAACCAGGAAUUUUGCGUCUGCUUCCUUGGACGCCAGGUUUUAAUCCUGAAGAACAGAAAUCUACCACCACUCAGGUUUGGGUGCGCAUUCAUAAACUUCCUUGGGAAUUCUGGGAUAAACAACUAUUAGCUGAAAUAUCAAGAGGAAUUGGAGUGCCUCUUAAAAUUGAUCACAACACCAUUAAUGGAGAAUUGGGGCAUUUUGCUAGAGUCCUUGUGGAUAUGGAUCUUUCUAAAUCUAUUCAUCAUACCCUACGAGUUGAAACUGCAGAUUCCAAAUUUUGGGUGGAUUUGGUUCAUGAAAACUUGUUUGAACUUUGCACUACUUGCUUGUCUAUUGGUCAUUCUUCCCUGAAUUGCAGACGCAAUAUUAAUCAAAAAGAUUUCAAUUUAGGACAAAGCAAGGAUGUAAAGCCUGCUAACGAUAAAAAAGAUCCUGAGCCAGAUAGGGGAAGGUCGUUAACUAGGAAAAUUUGGAAACGUAAGCAGUCUCCUUCUGAUGUUCCUAUUAGAAAAGCUUUGGCUACAAUUCAAAAGGAUAUUGCUGGGGAUUUGAAUCCUCUUGAACAAAGCUUUUUAAUUCCUAAUAAAGUCAUUGAUAAGGAUGAUCCUGCUAAUCCAGUUCUUGAUGUGGACGAUCCUGCUAAUCCAGUUCUUAAUGUGGCUACACCUACUUUGGCUUGUACCGAAGAAUCCCCUUCAUGUUCAGAAUUUUUGGCAAUUGCUAAUAAAUCCUGGGCUGACGAAGUUGAGGAAGAGAGUGAUUCAGAAGGAGAAUGGAAACAAGUUUCGACAUUCGACGCGAGCCCCACCAAAACUUAA